AUGGUGCGCGAACAGCUUAUCGUCAGUGCUGUCUCGUUUCUCCAAGACCCGUCUGUUGCUUCAGCUCCCGUCGACCAGCGCAUCGCAUUCCUCCGCUCUAAGAACUUGACUCAAGAAGAGAUCGAUCUUGCUCUACAGCGCGCCGGCUCAGAACCUCCCACCUCAUCCCCUCAACAAACACAAGUACAAUCCUAUCAGGCCCCUCCGCCUCAGCAAUACAACCAAAAUGCCUACUACCAACAGCCUCCGCCGCCGCCUCCAGAGCUACCAAGACGCGACUGGCGUGAUUGGUUCAUCAUGGCAACCGUCGUAGGAGGUCUGGGUUUCGGCGCCUACACUGUCGCAAAGCGUUAUAUAUAUCCUCUGAUUGCUCCCCCUACACCACCACAACUUGAACAAGAUAAGGCUGCAGUCGAUGCCUCCUUUGAGAAGGCCUUUGCUCUUCUAGAUCAACUUGCGACAGAUACACAGGACCUCAAGUCAUCUGAGCAAGCUCGAACAGAGAAGCUUGAUACUGCCCUCUCCGAGGUCGAGUCGGUCAUUGGACAGCUCAAAGAUGCGACCAGGAGACGAGAUGAUGAAGGAAGGAGAUUGAACGAUGAGAUCCGUGGUCUAAAGGACAUGAUACCCGCGGCCAUGGAAGCACAGAAGAAGUCUGCUGACCAGCGCUUGACCGAUCUUGCUACCGAAAUGAAGAGUCUGAAGACAUUGAUCAACAACCGCAUGUCAGCCCCGGCACCAAGGAGCCCUAAUCCUUCUGCUCCUACCUUCAACCCUAACAUGGGAAGCGGUGCUGCAGCCGCGAGCGCAACACCAGCAUCAGAACCCUCGCCAGCUGAGCCCGCAUCGACACCUACUCCAGAGACUAAAUCCUCGGUACCGGAUCGUUCUUCAACUUCAAGCCCAUACGGCCGCUCAAUGAAUGGACGUGCUGCUAUACCUGCAUGGCAAUUGGCUGCCAACAAGAAAAACCAGGAAGCAAAGGAUAAGAGCGGCACCGUCGAGACCCCUGCUGAGAACGCUACUGCGUAA